AUGGCGUGGUUCACGACUCUACCACGAGGAUCCAUCACGAACUUUCGUGACUUCUCAUCCAAAUUCCUUGUCCAGUUCUCGGCGAGCAAAACUAAACAGGUGACGAUUGAAGAUUUGUACAAUGUGCGUCAAUCUGAGGGCGAGACUUUGGAGCAGUACGUGAAGCGGUUCAGUGCUGCGUCAGUAAAGACAGAGGAAUACGAGCCAAAAGCCUGUACCUGCACCUUUAAAAACAGAUUGCAGCCAGGAAAACUAAAUAGUAAAUUGAGCCGAAAGCCAGCCAAGUCAAUGGCGGAGGUGCGAGCCCGGGCGAACACGUACAUACUUGACGAGGAGGAUGACGCUUUUAAGCGUAGAUGCGCGAAGGAGGAGAAGGAUGGCGACCAGAGGGACGUAUCACCAGAAGAUAUGUCGAGCAAGGAGAAAGUAGAGGGAAGCAGAAGUCGGGAUAGGAAGGUUCGAACAGGGGAAAGGGCGCCGAGGGAAUCUUUGUAUCCCAAAAAGGAAAAUAUUAAGCGGUGCCGGCCAUGGCAUCAGGCUGACCCUGGUCGCCGAGAGGAGGUAGGGAAAAGCUUGAACGCCCACCUGACAGAGCUGCUGCGUGAAGUGAAGGCGACACACGCAGUUGAGGAGGGCGAAAGAGGGAAUGACCCGCCGCGGGCAACGACAGACAAGACCAAGUGGUGUGAGUACCACCGUUCAGCAGGAUAUGACACGGGGGAUUGCUUUACUCUGAAGAAUGAGAUCGAGAGGUUCAUCCGAGCGGGGCGUCACAGCUGA